AUGAAUUAAAAUUAAAGUUUUUAAGCAAAUUAACUUGCGUAAUUAAAAAUAGUUGACUAUUAAUAAGGAGCUAACGAUAUAAAAUGUCAAAGAUCAAUAUAAACUUAAGUUGCUGGUGAAAAUUGUUUAUUACUCAUUUAUUAGUACCUGUAACACAAGUUCUUUACGAACUUAUCACGGGACCAGUUAACGUGGCGUGAUUGUUAGUAAAUGUUUAUUUAUUUAUUUAUUAGGGCAUCAGACAAGUGCCCCUGUAAUUAAUAGUGAAAUGACGAGCUUGGUGGAUGAGACCGAGGGAUAUCACGUUAAUUCUCGCGUGAUAUUUUAUCCUCUACUUGGACUUACCACAGCAAUAUGGAUUCUAUACAGAUGGCAACAGAACUCACAUAUGCACAAACUUGCUGAAUUGUUACCUGGACCGGCAUCAAUUCCGAUUUUCGGAAAUGCUUUGACUCUCAUGAGGAAAAAUCCCCACGAAUUAGUCAACCUCGCUCUGGGCUAUGCGCAAACAUUUGGCAACGUCAUCCGCGUUUGGUUGGGCUCCAAGUUGAUCGUUUUUCUAGUUGACGCUGAUGAUAUUGAAAUAAUCCUUAACAGCCAUGUCCAUAUUGAUAAAGCUACCGAGUACAGAUUCUUUAAGCCAUGGCUUGGUGAAGGACUUCUUAUCAGUUCAGGUCCAAAAUGGCGUUCACACAGAAAAAUGAUCGCUCCGACAUUUCAUAUAAACAUUCUUAAGUCAUUUGUUGGAAUCUUCAACCAAAAUAGUAACAACGUGGUAGAGAAGUUGAAAUCUGAAGUCGGAAAAACAUUUGACGUACAUGAUUACAUGAGUGGUACCACAGUUGAUAUUUUAUUAGAAACGGCAAUGGGAAUUUCAAGAAAGACCCAGGAUGAAUCAGGCUUUGAUUAUGCAAUGGCUGUGAUGAAAAUGUGCGAUAUCAUCCACCAGAGACACUACAAAUUUUGGAUGCGAUCCGAGAUUGUUUUCAAGUUGACUUCGUUCUUUAAACAACAAACAAAACUUUUGGGCAUUAUUCACGGACUUACUAACAAAGUCAUCAAGAACAAGAAAGAAACGUAUCUUGAAAAUAAAGCUAAAGGUAUCAUACCGCCUACACUCGAAGAAUUUACUCAUCAUUCUGGUGAAAUUCUAGCAAAUAAUGCCAAAACACUUUCUGAUACCGUUUUCAAAGGAUAUCGCGAUGAUCUUGAUUUCAAUGACGAAAACGAUGUUGGUGAAAAGAAACGACUGGCAUUUUUGGACCUGAUGAUCGAAUCUUCACAAAAUGGAACAAACAAGAUAUCUGAUCAUGAAAUUAAGGAAGAAGUAGAUACAAUUAUGUUUGAGGGUCACGAUACGACGGCAGCUGGUUCCAGUUUCGUUUUAUGUCUUUUGGGUAUCCAUCAAGACGUUCAAGCAAGAGUUUAUGACGAGCUUUACCAGAUUUUUGGAGAUUCCGAUAGACCUGCAACAUUCGCUGACACCUUAGAAAUGAAAUAUUUGGAAAGAGUGAUUCUUGAAUCUUUGAGGCUGUAUCCACCAGUGCCUGUCAUUGCAAGGAAAUUAAAUCGUGAUGUUACUAUCUCUACCAAGAACUACGUGAUCCCAGCGGGUACAACUGUUGUCAUUGGAACGUUCAUGUUGCAUCGUCAACCGAAAUAUUACAAAGAUCCCGAAGUUUUCAACCCCGAUAAUUUCCUACCGGAAAACACUCAGAAUAGACAUUAUUACAGCUAUAUACCAUUCAGCGCUGGACCUAGGAGUUGUGUUGGUCGUAAAUACGCUUUACUGAAGUUAAAAAUCUUACUAUCUACGAUACUGAGAAAUUUCAGAACUAUUUCUGAAAUACCUGAAAAGGAGUUCAAGCUUCAAGGCGACAUCAUUUUGAAAAGAGCGGAAGGCUUCCAAAUGAAGGUUGAACCUAGAAAACGAGUCCCAACUAACGUCGCCCGUUAAAUCUGUGAAUUCCAAAAACAAACAAUACUUUAGUCAGAGUAAUAGUGACUUGUUCAAUUAUUUAUUUAAAUACACUAAUUAUUUAUUAUUAUAUUUAUGUUGAUUAUUUUGUUUUAGUACAUGAAUUAUAGUUACAUGUCCAGUCUUUAUAAAUUAUUAGUGAAUAAUUAAUACUAAAGUUUAUGUAAAAUCUCCUUCGACUUUCCUAAUGGUGUUGGACAAAUGAAAACCGUUAUAUAAUUUUGAA